CCAGACAGUCCAAGGAGGAUGCCGAAAUUGGAAAGGAGGAUCGAUGGGGCGAAGGAGGACACACGGACCGCUUGAUCGUUGCAUCACACUGCUGAGCGAUGAAGAAAACCGGAAACUUUUUGGGAAAUGUAACAACCCUAAUGGCCACGGCCACAACUACAAAGUGGAAGUAACUGUGCAAGGAGAGAUCGAUCCUCUUACAGGGAUGGUGAUCAACCUUACAGAUCUCAAUGCCUACAUGGAGGAAGCCAUAAUGGAACCUCUUGACCACAAGAAUCUGGAUAAAGACGUCCCCUACUUUGCAGAUGUUGUCAGUACCACUGAAAACGUUGCUGUGUUCAUCUGGGAAAAUCUCCAGAAGUGCCUUCCCAGGGGGACCCUUUAUAAAGUCAAAGUAUAUGAAACCGAUAAGAACAUUGUUGUUUACAAGGGAGAGGGGGCUCUUCCUGAGAAGUGAGAUAUUUGUUUAUUGUUGCCUUUGUUCUGCUCUCAGAGAACAACUAGUCAGUCAGUCUGUCAAUCCAUCAACCAGUGCAUUGUUGAACUUGUGAGCGUAGGCGUUCAUCUCUUUGUUAAAGAAUCGUUUGAGCGAGUGGAUAUGAAGCAGAUGUUCUGUGCAGCCUGGUGGUGUAAAAGUUUCCUGCUGUUCAAGCACUCAGUUUGAUCAGGGCAAGAAAGAUACUGAUUCUUUCUCCAUUAGAGUUUGCUCCUAUUUCAAAACGUGAAAAUUACUGCUUUCUUAGUGAUAAGAAUAAAUCCCAAGAUCCAGGGCUUAUUUGGGUACAGUAGUGGGUUUUCCUGGUCUCAAGUGGGUUGUUUCCCCAACUACCUGAUUCUUUUAACUGGAGAGGCUGAAGACUGGACUUGCCGCAUGUGGAACUUGGUGCAUAAUUAAGCCGUUAUGGCCUGUUCCCAUUACUCUUUUAUGCAAGAAUGUUAGCUAAGCAGCAGAGGUCCUGCUUCAGCUCUCAGUUCUCCCACAGACUCAGUAAACAUCCCUCAGCAAGUGUUUUUUCAGCUUCAUCCUGGGUUGGCCUUGAUGUGCGGCAGUGAUUUUACCCCACUUUUAAAAAGUAAAGAUGUUCUCAACUCCUGCUGAGUGCAUAGAUGUGUCCACGUUGUUUUUUGGAAGCAGUACAGAAGAUGUGUGCCCUUGCCUUCUGGUUGUUCUUUUGACUUCUAAUCCAGCCAACAAUCCUGGGGUUUCCUGGCAAUCUCUCACUGAAGUAUUAGCCAGGUCUGACUAAUUUUGGUGGAGGGGAAGAGUCACCAUCGACCUGAAGCAGUCACCUUCUGUAGACUUACAGUAUUAUUGAAUAUGUAAAGCCUGCCUAAUCAAGUGAUGUGUAAACAUUAUGGAUGAAUGUGAUUUCCACUGAGAUUUAAUUUUCCUUGGUCAGUUGUCAUUAAAUGCUAUAUUUGCACCUGAA